AUGGAAGAUGACCUUAUUGCUUCGGCAGUCUAUGUUCCGCCUUCCGUUCAGGAUCACCGCGAGAGCCUGUUGCUGGGUAGAUCCUAUGCGCACUAUAGCAACGUUCCAGCAGGCAUUGAAACCACAAAAAGGGGGCCCCAUCCCGAACCUGGGACGUCAUGUGUGCUGGGAGUUGACGAAGCUGGACGUGGCCCUGUCAUUGGGCCCAUGGUGUAUGGUGUCUAUUACCUCCCCAUCGAGAUCCAGCAAUCUCUCCUGGCCACCACCUACCAUUUUGAUGAUUCCAAAGUGUUGACGCCGGCCGUCCGAGCAAAUCUCAUGAAAGCAGUCUGUGCCGCCGACACCGAUCUUUUCGCGUCUUCGGGCUGGGCUAUCAAAUCCCUCAGUGCUCAAGACAUUGGAGCGGGAAUGCUAAAAAAUGGAGGAUCGUACAACCUCAACGCCCAGGCCAUGGAUGCUACUGUUGAGCUAAUCCGAGGUGUUCUCGACAAGGGCGUCAAUGUGACGGAAAUAUACGUCGACACCAUUGGCAAGCCAUCUGUUUAUCAGAGGAAACUGGAGUUCAUCUUCCCAACUAUCAAAAUUACCGUCGAAAAGAAGGCAGACAGCUUGUUCCCUUGUGUCAGUGCGGCAAGUGUGGUGGCUAAAGUGACGCGAGACGUCAGUUGUGAAUCUCUCCUCGAGGCGUACGUUCGACAGAGCUCGACCUUCUCGACGGAAGAUACGAUGACUUGGGGCUCCGGCUAUCCUUCGGACGCGAGAUGUGUCAACUGGUUAAAGUCAGCCGUCAAUCCUAUUUGGGGGUUUGGUAACGAGUGCAGGUUCAGCUGGGGUACCGUCAAAGACAUGCUGGAGCAAAAAGGCGGGGCAGCGACCAGAAUCGACUGGCCGGACGAUGGAGAUGACGAGAACAUGAGGCUCUGCCAUUAUUUCAAUCUCGACGGAACUCUGGGACCAAAAAGCGAAAGCGAUGAACUACGUACUUGGUUUGGCACGGGUGUUGGACAAGAAGCAUUCUGA